AUGAUCUUGACGGAGCAAGAACACAGUUGCGUAGUUUCCUCGCUGAAACGGCUGAUGACUGGUUCCAGACCUUCCUGCCAAGAAGGAUAUGAAGAAGAACUGGCUGAGCAGCUGCCUGACGGAUGGCUGUACUAUUUCAAUUUGAGCAGGGCAUGGAUGGUUGGGUGGAAGAUGGUGGAAGCAGAGAUUUUAGCAAGGGGACAGCAUUGUUUGCCUGACAUCUUGGACACCUUUGUUGACGGUGUUGCCGAGCGCUUAAUCGAUGAUAAAUAUGCCAAGAUGAUUGAAGACUUCCCCCGCCAACAAACCCUUCGCCAGAUUGCACAUUUGGAAGCCAAGCAGAAGAUUCUCCAAGUGGACAGUCAAAUGCCCUUUCCACAUAGGCAACCGAAGAGAGGAACAGCCAACGCGACAGAAAAAGCUGCGCAUUCGGCGAAAGUCCCAAGUGUUUUUGAAGCCCAAGAAGGUUUCUUUGCACAGAUCAGUAAAGCCUGCUGGCUUGACCUUCCGAAAUCUGCCUCUCUUGCGCCAAGCGAAGGAGGAAAGGGUCUUCGUGAUCGCACACCUUUUCAGUGGGAGGAGGCGGGGCUGCAAAUCCUGGUCUUAUCCCUUGACACGGCUAACUCGGCCACAUUUGGGGACUUUCACCAUGAGUCCACGGCCUGCGCAAUCUGCUCCGCCUCUACAGUGGAGGGAGGAUUGCAGCUACGAUCGCCGGGGCUCCGUGUGAGACAUGGCCGGCGGCAAGGCACUAAUUGUAAGAUUCCUACAGCUGAGGGUGACGAUACCAAACGCCAUCCACGCCCAUUGCGUGAUUGGAGUCGCUUGUUUGGCAAACUUUACCUUACCUUCCGUGAACUGCGUCAGCCGAGGCAAGGAUCUUUCUUCUUCAUGCAAAUGCUGAUCACGGUUGCGUGGACACUGAGGACGUGGGGGGUGUAUUUGAGCGAGCACCCUGCUCUCCCAGUAGAUCCAGAAGCUGCAAGUAUUUGGAACACUCCAUGGGUUCGCCUUCUUUGUGCACAUCCGGAAGUGGCUCUUCAUUUUGUCGCGCAGUGCCCUUGGGGAUGCACGGUGAGCAAGUCGACGGGCCUACUUGCAGUGAGGCUGUCUAUUUUUGCUGCAUCCAUGUACAGCCGCCAGCAACAGGGUGCGAAAGCACCCACAGAGGUUGCGAUCGGCAUUGGCCAAGACGGUCGAUUCAAAACGGCUGCUCGCAAGGAGUACCCGAUGCAAUUUUGUGAUGCGCUGGCAGGGACGCUAGUUGACCACAUCCAGCACUGUCAGCGACGUAGGCUUUGUAAAGACAGUUUUGCUCUGGAUCCUGACCUGUCUGAAUGGCUCUGCGAAGCCGCCGUACAGCGCGGUCAAGUAUGCAAAGCAGCAACUUGGCUGCCACACUAUCAAGGCAGGUGA